UGCUCUGUGCACAACAAACUAACCACCUCUUCCAACCCAGUGAGAGACCCAGUGUAUUCCAGUGCUAGACAAGUUGAUUUUCGUCUGUUGUGCAUCAUCAUUUUUAGUUUUGCAAUAAUUUCUUACUAAUUUUCCAAUCGUGAAAAGUGAAAGAAAAAUAAUACGAGGCACACAAUUCUCGAUAGAACCGCGAUAUAGGCAGAUGCAAAUCUCGUGAGAGAGACAAGAUUUUUCGAGGAAAAUCACACCCGGCGAUUCAGAAAGGAGAUACAGAGGCGAACACUUGAGAAAAUCAGUAAUUUUCACACACAGAUAGCCCAAAUCGCGAAAGGAAACUUCGCGAAGGAGGCACACUCCAGAGGAGGCGCAAAAGGAGGAAUUUGGACUCCCCGAGUCGAAGCAGCCAAAGAGAAAUAGGACAAUUCUUGAAUAAGUUCACAUUAGACGAAUAAAUUGGUUUUCUCAUCCACCCGAGAGGACAUCCUCCGUGUCGAAGAAAAUCAGUGACGAAACACACCCUCCUAUCUCAUUUGUGUGGUAAUUUAGAGACUUGCGUUCGAGUGAUUGAGAACUUUGAGUGAAGUUAUAAACUUUGAGUUUUGUUGUCGAAUUUGUGUUACUUUCCGAGGCGAAACUUGAAAAGUAUCUCGCAGUAUAGAGAGUUUUCCACCCUUCCAAGUGCUUCAUAGAAGGAAAGUGUGAGAGAGAGAAAGAGAGAGAAAGAAGAAAAAACCACCACCCCCGCUGAAAAGAGCCCAGAUAAAAACGAGCAACAUUAACAACUAAAGCCAAAUUAGACAAGAGAAUAUUUAUAGCAAAAAUUUAUUGUGUGUAUCAACGUCCCAAAGCGCAAACAAUCGUGUCUACAAUUAAAGGAUUUAAAGAGAAUUUUAUAAGAUAAAAACCACUGUUUAAGAGACUUCUUCUGAUAUUACUAGAAAAAGAGAAAUCAUCAUAUCGCUUAAAUAAAUUUUUAUUAGACAAGAGAUAUUAAGAGAAAAAGUAGGCAAAACGAAAUUUUUGGCAUAGCGAAUAAUCUAGAGAGGAAAAGGUAGCGAAGAGAAGCGCAAGAUUGCAAGAAAUACAUUGUACCUUGGACAGGACAAUCAAGUAGCACAAAACCUUCAAGGUGAAAUCCAACAGCGAUUUGAGAGCGCUAUUCCUACACCAAGUCAAGAACCAGAACCAUCACUAAACCAGCACUUUCUCCGAAGAAUCCAUCCAAAAGCUUAAGCGUGACAAUGAUUGCGAAUGGUUUGGACACGGCCCAGCAGAAUGGACGCUCGGGCUCCAUCGGGAGUGGGCAGGAUGACGCCAAGACAAAUCUCAUUGUCAAUUAUUUGCCGCAAACGAUGACCCAGGAGGAGGUGAAGUCACUUUUCUCCAGCAUUGGCGACGUCGAGAGUUGCAAGCUGAUCCGGGACAAGGUCACUGGUCAGAGCCUGGGAUAUGGCUUCGUGAAUUACCACCGACCAGAGGAUGCCGAGAAAGCUGUGAACACCUUCAAUGGGCUUCGACUCCAGAACAAGACAAUAAAGGUGUCGUUUGCACGUCCGAGCUCUGAUGCAAUAAAAGGCGCUAAUUUGUACGUGUCUGGCCUGUCGAAGAGCAUGACGCAGCAGGACUUGGAGAAUCUCUUCAGUCCCUACGGUCAGAUCAUCACGUCUCGCAUCCUGUGCGACAACAUCACUGGAUUGUCCAAAGGCGUCGGCUUCAUCCGAUUCGAUCAGCGAUCCGAGGCUGAGCGCGCAAUCCAGUCACUCAAUGGCACCACACCCAAGGGCGCCACGGAGCCCAUCACUGUCAAGUUUGCCAACAAUCCCAGCAGCAACAUCAACAAGGCUCUCCCGCCACUUGCCGCAUACUUGACACCGCAGUCCAACCGUCGCUUCCCAGGGCCCAUCCACCACCCAACCGGCCGCUUCAGUCCCGUGCUUUCCUGCAGAUUCUCCCCUCUAACCGGUGAUCUCUUGGGCAAUACCAUCCUCCCCACAAACGCCAUCAAUGGCUCCGGAUGGUGCAUCUUCGUGUACAAUCUGGCACCGGAGACGGAGGAGAAUGUGCUGUGGCAGCUGUUUGGCCCCUUCGGUGCCGUCCAGAGUGUGAAAGUAAUCAAGGAUCUGCAGACGAACAAGUGCAAGGGCUUUGGUUUCGUCACCAUGACCAACUACGAUGAGGCCGUGGUGGCCAUUCAGUCGCUGAACGGCUACACCCUCGGCAAUCGCGUCCUCCAGGUCAGCUUCAAGACCAACAACACCAAGAGUAAAACCAACUAGAUAUCUCCUGCCACGGCUAUCAAUUCGCACACACCUCUCGCGGACGUUGGCGCGCCAGGUAUGAGUCAGGCCACCUCGCUAUUGGGCGAGAAGCCACUCGGACUGGGCAUUGUGCCCACGACUCAAUUCCAGCCGAGUCUUCUCAGCUACUACGUCGCGUCGCGACCAUCACUCCUCUUUCCGUCCUUCUAAAGACACAAUCACUCUUCUUGCAACACUAAAUCCGCUGAGCAUCAAUCCGUACUUCUCAUUCGCACAUGGUAGACGAUCGAAAUUAAUUUAACGGGGGGAUUUUCCCCAAGAUAGAGCUCAAGAGCCACUCCUCGAGGCUUUAUCUUCUUUUAAAGACCAUCUCAAGGAUCUGAAGACGCUUUGAGGGGGUUGGAGAUAAAAUAUUUAGAGGGAAUUUGAGAAUUUGGCUCUGGUCUUAUUGAGUUUUGACUUCUCCAGCGCCACAAGAAUCCGCCCUGCGGCAACUUGGGGUGGCGUUGGGUGAAAGACAAAGGAAAGCGAAUGAGAAGGAGGCGGAAGGAAGUAUUUAAAAGUCGAUCGAAGAGGAAGAAAAUAGCACUGAAGGAUGUGAAUAAUUUACUUGCGCAAAGUGAAAUCAUUAUUCUUUUAUUGAGGAAUUUAAGUAUAGAAAAAAGAAAUGCGGAAAUUCUGAGGAAAAAAGGACAUAUGAACAUAAAAGACGCGAGCGAGAGUUUAAAGGAAAAAGAGUUCUGGAUAUUUUUAUCCAUGAUAAGAAGACAUGAAUGCCGCAGUGUGCGUGUGUGUGAGUUUUUAGCUUUAAUAAAUUGGGAUUUAUAAGAUAUAGAGACAAGCAAAAAUAAAGACACCGAUUGUGAGAGGAUUCGGGCUAAAAGUGAUACUUUUUACAUGAAACAAAUCAACAGUGGCGAGAGAUUCCAUUUUUUCUCCACGAGGAGACGAGAUAAAUAACACUAAAGAUAAGAGAUAAUAAAUGAAGACAAUUACUUUUAAAGCAAAUGAGACAUAAGGUAAAAGAAAACGAAUACAACGCGUCAUCAUUAAUUGUGAAUUAAUGAUUAACAUUUAUACUGAAGAGACAAAAAACCUUUUUAAAGAACCCAUAAUUCGCAAGAGAUUUCUAUAGUCUUUGACUUGAUAUUAUUAGAGGAAGGAAAAUAAACUCUGAUGAGAUUAAAGAUGAAGAAACACCGAUUGAAAGACAACAUUUUUAGGACAUAGUGAAAGGGAGUUUAAAUGAUAAUUAAACAAGCUAUGAUAAUAUUUUCAAAAUUCUCAUCCUUGCUGUUUGUGUCAUUGUAAUUGUGUUUCUCUCUAAAGAAUAUUGUAUAAUUAUUAUAAAGGAUAUCAAGAAUCUUAACCACAUUUUAAUAGUUCUCUCAGAUGAAAUAGUGGAUCUUGAGUUUGAUCUUAUAAUUGUAAUUUUGUGACUUGAGAAUAGAAGCGAAUAUGAAAGAAUAAUGAUAAUUUUACUCACAUUCCUAAAUACUUCAAAAUAUAAAUUAAAGAGAUUUCCAAGAGCAUUUAAGUAGAUGAAAAUAUAUUCUCACAUGAACAUUAAUGUAUUGUAUUGAAUUGAGAAACUGUACUUAUAUUUAUAUUAUUCUAUGUAUUACUAUUUUCUGAGCAGUCAUUUUAGAUCAAGUGAAAAGGAAAAAAAACAUAUUAGUAAAGUUUAAAGGAAAUUUUUAGUGAUAAUUGUCUAACUGUUCUCGAGUGACAUGUGUUUAUUUCAUAUUAAAAAAGUAUUUAUCCUUUUUUGACUAUCGUAGGCUCGUGCAAUCACGUCUUAGGUUUAGUUUAAAGAUAUUCACUAUCAAUUGAUCAAUUUUAACCUUUCAGAAGAGAAGUAGAUUUUUGAACAAUUUUGCGCUUAUGAUUGUGAAGAGAUAUUAAAAAAAAAUAAAAUUAGGUGCGAUUAAUUAGGUGAUAGUUGCAGCAAAUAGUAUCGCAGAGUAUAUCUUUAACAGUGAAUUAACACAAAGAAGAGUAAUAUUAAGUAAAUUUAUGAGUAUUUCUUUGGAUUGACAGACAAGAAGGGAGGAUUGAACAGAAGUGAGGGUUUUCAUUUAAAUGUCAUUUCAUGGAAGGGACUAAAAGAGAGACACACGAAAAUAGAACUUACCACCACCCACAACAUCCGACAGAUAACAUAAAUGGAAGGCACAUUUCUGCGAGAGAAAGAAAAUCGCUUUACUGUUAUUAUGAAAUAUUGAGAACAGAGUUCAUUCGUGAAUGAGGAAUAAAAAUACAUAUUUACAUAAAAUGUAUUGUAACUUAAUUAACUGAUAAUAAUUUUACGCACAUUUUAUGUAAUUUACUCUUAAAUAGGAUGAGACUGGAAAAGCUAGUUAAAAAAAUAUUAAAAAGGCGGUGAUAACAUAAGGUAAGGAAAAAUUACAUAAAUAAAAAGUAACAUGGGACAUGGAAAAGUAGCAUUUGUAGGAAAAGGGACUUUUUAGCAAAAAUUAAAAUUAUAUUUUGUAGACUAAAAGAUGAAAAAAAAAAUCUUUUUUCUACCCUGAAACGGUGUAAAGACCAAAUGAAAGUGGAAAAUCUUGUGCUAAUGAAGCAUAGAUUUAUGUGAAGAUGGAAAAUAAAUUGUGAAAAGAUUUUGAGAGUAAUUGAAAAGCAAGAGGAAAAAAUGAGGAAAAAUUAUAUAUCAGUUAAAUUUAAAUUUACACUCUCUAGAUAAUUGAAAUUAAUGCAAAGUCGAUGGCAACAAAGGAAAAGAGUAUCUUAUCUCACCAGAGAAACUGACAUCAAUAUGAAAAAAUUGAGGAAGAAAAAGAGAAUGUUGUGGGAAAAACAAAUAGAAAAUUGAGCAGUAUUGAAAGACAAGGUAACAACUUUUCACUUUAUACAUACACGUCAUUAUUAUAUUAUAUUUAAUGUAUUUGAAAAAGAAAAAGUAUGAACAAAUUAUUGUAUUACUCGCUUUUCAUUAUUAAAUGCAAUGAUAAAGAAAAUUUUAAUGCAUAUGGAGGAUCCCAAAAAAUAUUUUUAACUGUUUUCACUCAAAGAGAAAGUUGAGAGAUCCUUUUUUCUUUCUACUAAUUAUCUCCAAUUUUGGAUUAAAAAAGAACUUUAGAAGAGAAAAAAUCUACUAAGGGAAAAAGAGAUAUUAUGAUAAUAAUGUGUUCAUGCGUGCAAUCUUCACAAGUAUUGAGAAGGAGAGAAGAAUAUGAGAGUAAAUUCCUAAAAUGGGAGGUGAAAAAAAGUGAAACGAACAAUUAAAGACACUAUCCAAAGCAAAAUUGUUAAUUUUAAAAUAAUAAAUGAUGGAAUAUUGUUAGUGAGAACAAACCUAAGAUGAUACCUAAUGUAACAAAUUAAAACAAUGUGCAAUGAAACUAGUGAAAAUUUACAUGAAUUUUAAUCACUUUUCUUUUAAAUUUAACCAUUUUGCUUUGUUGAUCUUCAUUCAAUAAUAAGAACAACAUAACAGGAGCGUCUCUUAAACCACAUUUGUUCCAUCGAAUAUCAUCAAAUUACACCUUUUGAUCACCCAAAUCCUGGAACAGACACCCAAAAUCCGGCGAUCAAAAUGUGCGUGAGAGAGAUCAACGAAAAAAUAUACACAAUACUAAGCGUUAGAUAGGAGGAACUAAGACGGUCAAGGGUAGUUUAAAGAAAACACGCACAUUUUGCAAAAAAAAAAGAUAUACAGAAAGAAGUUCUUCACAAACUGCAAACAAAUAAAGAAAAAAGAAAAAAGUUGCGAAAGCGUAAUAAAACAUCCUGAAAUGGUUUUGAAUUAUGAAAAAGUAAAAUAAUCUCCCAUUAUUCUUAUAGGUCAUCAAUCUCUUUAACUAUAUAUUUAAAAAAUUAACUAAAGAUAUUAAUAAAGAAGGAACACUAUUUAAAUUAUUACUAAUUAUAUUGAACAAUAUAUAUUUAUGUAGCACGUUUAAAUGGGACGUUGUGAACUGAUCUUAACUCGGUGUGUGUUCACAGAAAGCUGGCUAAUGAUUGAUGGGAGUAAUAUAGGAAUCCUAUUUAGUAACUUUAUCGUUCUAUUAAUCGUAUAAUAAUUUUUUCUCUGAGAAAUGAUAAAAGUUUUCUCUCAAUAGAAAUAACCUCUAAUCACAAUUUAUACUUAAUUAUAUUGUAUUUGAUGAAUGGACAUCGCAAAAUAAUCACUGAAUGUGUAUUUAAUUUAGUAAUUGUAUAACCAUUUAUCGUAAUCCUAUUACACUUUGUGACUAAAUUUCAAUUUACAAGUUGUGACGAUUUGUCCUUUGAAUUCUACAAAACUAUUUUCCACCCCGUUCUCAAUUUCCAUACAAAAUAAUUGCAGAUGGCAAUUUUUCCCUUUUUAAAAUGACAAAUAUUUGAGUGAAACAGAACUACUAAAAACAAAUAAAAAAAAACCACAUUGUUGUGUAUCCACCUCCAUCCACAAAAUUCCUUAACAACAAUAAUAAAAAUAAAUAAUGAUAGUGUAAUAGAAUUUAAAGAAAAUUAAUAAUUAAUAGGAAUGAUUAUAUUCAACUGAGGCAGUGUAUUAAAUGUGUAGCUAGGGCGGCCAAUUUCUGCCGACUCUCCUGCCUAGAGCAGUGCUGCCUGAAAAAGCAGUCUUAUUCCAGCCCGGAGAGGUUCAGCUUCCAGCAUCCUAGCAGUUAGACAAACCGUGGAAUAGUUUGUUCAGACAUUUAAAAAAAAAUCAUCGGCAGCAGUGCAGUAAAAAUCUUGGCAAAAAUCGAAUAAUAGUGAAAAGAAAAAAUUAGUAAAAUUGCAACAUUAUUAAAGAAAAAAGGAUAACAUUUGAUAAUUUUACAUUAUAUAGCGAAAUAAUGAAUAAACUAAAGCAAAUGGGUGCGAAAUAUCGAAAUUGAUGGAGAAAAAAAAAACCAAGAUGAACAAGAGAAAUAGUGCAUAAAACAAUGCAAAAAGUAAAUGUGCAUAAAUAUAUAGAAAUAUGAGAAAAAGCUUUCUUCCAAUUUUACAAUGUACAUAGAUUUAAAGAGAAAAAUAAAUGAAGUAAUAAUUAAAAUGAUGGUGGGAUGAUUUAUCAAAUAAGAUGCAUAUACACCAAAGAAGAUGAAGUGAAAAAUAUUAAUAGAAUUAAUAGAAUACAGGGUGAUGCAUAAAUUGAGAAUAAAUUUAAAUGAAGAAGAAAAAAAUUAUGUAUA